UCACGCGGAGGGCGGCAGUGUAAACACCAGGUGACUCACACAGGCUCCGCCACCGGGGAUGAGCGGGCUGCUGCGCCGUUAUGGAAGAUAGUCUGGCCCGCGCCUUCGGGGGCCUGAGCCUCCAGCAGCCCCGCCGUGCCCAAGGCAGGCGCCCCGCUCGCCGCUUCAGCAAAAGCCUCUUCUUGCUCCGCGGCCUGCCCGGGUCCGGGAAAAGUACUCUAGCCAGGCAACUGAAACGUGAAUUUCCUAAUGCAGCCAUUUUUAGCACUGACGAGUACUUCAUCACAAAGGAUGGCACCUAUGAGUUUAAUCCUGAUUGUUUGGGAGAGGCACAUAAGUGGAACCAGGAAAGAGCACGUAAAGCAAUGAAGAAUGGGAAAUCUCCAGUUAUUAUUGAUAAUACCAACAUCCACGCUUGGGAAAUGAAGCCAUAUGUGAUAAUGGCACUUGAAAACAGAUAUGAAGUUAUAUUUCGAGAGCCAGAUACACGUUGGAAGUUCCAUGUUCAGGAACUAGCCAGACGUAAUCAUCAUGGUGUCCCACGUGAGAAGAUACAAUGGAUGAAAGACCAGUAUGAGCAUGAUGUUACCUUCCAUACAGUGCUUCAUUCUGAAGAACCAGCCAGAUACUGGAAUUCUGGAGACUAUUCCCAUCUGAAUUCAAGUUUUGCCAACAACAGAACUAAUAGGUCACGAAAUUGAAGAAAUUUUAGUGGGAGGUUUUAGUGGGACUUUACAGAGUUUUUAUCAAUUUGUAUAUUUUGUUUUGUAUUCUUAGCAAUUUUCUAUUUUUCUACUGAACUAAAGUAGGUCUUAAGCCAUUUAAACUUGCUGAUGUCCCAUAAUUCUUGCAGACUUUUAAGAAAAUUAUAGAAGUGGUUUAAGCAUAAACCAUAAUCUCACUGUUGCUUUUUCACAUUUUUAAUUUAUUCUUAACUGCAGCCAUUUUCACAGUAGGCUUUAUAUUCACAAAAAAAAUUACCGGGUGGCUCCUAUUUAGGACUACGUAUGUGAGCUAAGGACCAUAUUAACUGUUAGCCUUAAAAUGGCAGCUACGGUAUAUGAUAUAGCAUUUCCCAACUCCUCAUACAUUAAGAAGAGCAAUUCUGUGAUACUCUCCAGCAGCAGCCAUAAAUGUGUUGGAUUUCUCACUAAGGCCAGAGAUAGGACUCCAGUCUUGGAGCAUGCAAUCCAAUGGCAAAACCCUUUUCCUCUUGUCCCUUUACCAGCGUCCAAGUCUGUGUUCAGUGUGUCAGAAGUCUGAGCCUUCAAAAGGACCAGAACCAGGCAUUCUACGGAUGGGUGGGGGCCAAGCUUUUGAUCUUCAGGAUCAGGCAAUCUUCUGCUGCCCCCAAAACUAGAUCUGUGGAUAUCCCCAGAACGAGUACAGAUAAAUUGUAAUGAUUGUUAAGUAUUGUACAAAUGAUAAGAUCUUGUUUCCUAAGUCCUAUAGAUUCUAUGUUCCAUAUACAUUUUAAAAAUGUGCAUCCAUGGUAUUUAGCUUCUUUUACUUUUCUCUUUGAUUUUCACUUUUAAAAAAUCCUAUUCAGUACACUUCAUUGUCCAAAGAGAUCAGGUGCCUCAUUAGGAUCCCUAUUUGCUCAGCCUAUUUUUGAAUUCCUGGCUGUGAUGAUUUUAUAAAUCUGCUAAUAAUUUGCCAACAUUAAACUGUAUAGAACAAAGGCACAGCCUCACUUUAUUUUUACUCCACAAAAAUUGUAUGGUCUUUUCUCUAUGAAACAAGCAAGAUGUAUCUCAAAUUUCCUAUUAAGUAAUAUGUACUUAGAUGUGAGUCAGAAACCAGCAUGAAUGUUAAAAACUAGAUACUGACUGAAAACAAAUAUUGAAAUUGUUUCAGCAGCUUUGUUAAUAUUCAAUGCCAAAACUGGGUUUACAUAUUAUGCUAGACCGUGGUUUGUUCAACUACAGCUGGGUUAACGUUCCAUAGUUCACUAACUAUAAUGAUUGGGUUAGACCAGCAAGCAAAACUAAAACCAGCCACUUCAUGACAUAAUGUAAUAUGUACUCAGAUUACAUGAGGUUUAUGCCAUCCUGUCUACUCAUUUAGCCUAUCCUCUUCUUUUGCUUAUCCUUACGUGCCACAGUAGUAGCCUCUACAUAUUAGCCCACCAGAUAUUUUUGUACCCAUACCCUAGAUGACUGUGCUGCCUGAAUUCAAUGUUCAGGUGGUGGAAGUUUCAAGAAAUGUAAACAGACCAAUGUCUUGUGUUUUCUUUCGUUAUAGUGAUGUUCACUUCAGUUGUCUUAAACUGGAUUUCUCUUUAGUUUGACAGAUUGAACCACUGUAUUUUCAUUCCUUUUGAUAGAAUAAAAGUGUUUUACUUGUGAAAAGUUGGUUUUGUUUUUAGCAUAAACUGAAUUUUUUCCCUCUUGAACCAAUUUCUAUUCUUCAAAAAUUAUUUUUUAAUUAAAAUAAUUUUAUUUUUUUUAAAAUAUGUUCAUUGUAUUUUAAGGAGACUAACCUAGUAAUAGGUUUUAGGCAGUCCUAAGCCCACUGAAAUUUGUGACGCUUAAGGGCCACAGCAUCAACCUAUCCCACUAUUAAGAUGAUAUAAUUAAGUAUGCCCAGGAGUUCAAUAUAUAGUCUGCAAUGCAUUUAAUUCUUUUAUCAUGGAGAUUAUGUAGUUUUAUUUUAGAAUUUUGGCUACUCUAAAGAAACAUAAAUGUAUACAGAUAAUGAUCACUGUAUUUAUAUUUGGAUACUGCUUACUGUAAUAGUUUUCUACUAGUUUAAAGAUAGUUUAGUGUUCGGGGGCAUAUUCAUUAGGAUUCUAGUAGAGUUCACUGCAAUCACUGCAAUCAAUCAAUCAAUCAAUCAAUGUAUUUCUUUGCCAAAUUCAAUUCCUUACAACAAAGAAUUUAUUUACAUGCAUUUAUUUCCCCAGUGUUCAGAUAGCAGGACCCCUGAAAAUAAUACUUGUAAAGUAAGUUAUAGAUCAGGUCAUAUUGUCCUCAUUUGCAAUAUUAAAGGAUGAGAGAUAAUUUUCUUUUUGCUUCCUUCUUUGGGGAAGGAAAAUCAUUUGAUACUAUUUUAAAAGUCAAAUUUGAUAAAACAAUCAUAGGCCUGUUUGUAUAAUUUUGGGCACUUGUCCCUUCAGCCACCUCUGAUACAUAUUACACUGUUUAGAACAGCCCUUCAUAGAGCUUCUUUAAAGAUGAAUGGAAAGAAAAACAAGAAAAAUCCUUUUCUGUAACCUUUUUACCUACUCUUGUGUUAAACCAUUUGUUCAAAAGCUAAUUUUGCUACAAGCUGCAUUGAAUAUUUGGAAAACAUUAAAUAAAUAUGAAAUUUGAGAUAAAAAUGUGAAACUCAUAACUUCUGACCCAGAAAUGUACCUCUGGCUUAUAUUUCAGGAAUUUGCAACAUUCAGUUAUUCUUACUGAAAUGUCUUGAAGUGCUUGUUUUGAACUUAAAUGUGUAAUAGAUAAACAAACCUAUACAAACAUUCAGAGUUUUAAAAGAUGGUAAUUCAAAUAUUAAAAUACAGUGUAUUAACAGUGA